AUGGAUACCUUGGGAAUGGUGGACGACGGCCGCCUGUCACCAGACAACUACCAUGACAUGCUGAAGGGAGGGGGGUCUAGCGGAGGAGGCCGGGUCCACAGCAUCGAUGUGAUCUUGGGCUUCAGCAAGGACCAGGACCCCCUGCUGACCCCAGUGGGGGUCCAUAAUGUGGCCACUGAGUGCCUGGAGGACCACCAGGGGAAGCAGGUCCAGUCAGACCCCUACGGAAACCUGGCCAGCCUGGGGGACAGCACACAGCACUCUGCCUUCCAGGGUCAGUACACUGGUUUUAAUUGAUUGAUUGCAUUUAUUACAUCAUUUAAUUCACAUAUUCAAUGACUUAUGUUCAAUGACCUCAUGCAGGAGGAAAGGCAUGGUCCAGGGACAGUUGUAAGCACACUGUGCUAACCUCAUCCAGGAGGAAAGGCAGGGACAUUUGAAAGCACACUGUGCUAACCUCAUCCAGGAGGAAAGGCAGGGACAUUUGAAAGCACACUGUGCUAACCUCAUCCAGGAGGAAAGGCAGGGACAUUUGAAAGCACACUGUGCUAACCUCAUCCAGGAGGAAAGGCAGGGAUAUUUGAAAGCACACUGUGCUAACCUCAUCCAGGAGGAAAGGCAGGGACAUUUGAAAGCACACUGUGCUCAGGUUCUCAUUUUCGGCAAAGAUUCAGAGACUAGAACAGCAUAACUACAAUGCUGGACUUUACAUUUCUACCUUUAUACUUGUUGUAAUGAGUAUUUCUCCUAGAACAAUACUGGCAUGACAUAGCAAUUAUCUAUCACUGUAACAUUACAGCAUAGUGAAUUAAGGAGACCACUUUUGCUGCCUCCCUCGCACGCUUGUUACCAAGGCAAUGAUCUGAUGAUAAUCUCAAUUGAUUGGAUUAAUUAAUUAACAAACUCUGAUGGGAUCUACCAUCCAUUAACCACGUUAAGUAGGGCUUCAACCUCACCCAGUUUUCUUAGAAAAUAAGAUCUGGUACUUGGGUGAAUGGAGAAGCUAAGUAAAGUAUUUGUGUAGAUUAGAGCUGGCCAGCCCAGGGCACACGUGGACACUCGGAUUGAACAGGUGGCAUCUGUCCGCAUGGGAUUACUUGGCCUGAGGAAUGCAGUGAAAGACAAUAUGACGUCACACGCCAAGAGAGAAGAGGCCUGCAGCUUGCAUUGCCUUUAGGCUCUGUUGCAAUAUCUACAGUUGAAGUCGGAAGUUUACAUACACCUUAGCCAAAUACAUUUAAACUCAGUAAAAAAAGUGGUAAAAAUUCCCUGUCUUAGGUCAGUUAGGAUCACCACUUUAUUUUAAGAAUAUGGAAUGUCAGAAUAAUAGUAAAGAUAAUUAUUUAUUUCAGCUUUUAUUUAUUUCAUCACAUUCCCAGUGGGUCAGAAGUUUACAUAAAUUGUUUAACUUGGGUCAAACACUUCAGGAAGCCUUCUACAAGCUUCCCACAAUAAGUUGGGUGAAUUUUGGCCCAUUACUCCUGACAGAGCUGGUGUAACUGAGUCAGGUUUGUAGGCCUCCUUGCUCGCACACGCUUUUUCAGUUCUGCCCAUAAAUGUUCUAUAGGAUUGAGGUCAGGGCUUUGUGAUGGCCACUCCAAUACCUUGACUUUGUUGUCCUUAAGCCAUUUUGCCACAACUUUGGAAGUAUGCUUGGGAUCAUUGUCCAUUUGGAAGACCCAUUUGCGACCAAGCUUUAACUUCCUGACUGAUGUCUUGAGAUGUUACUUCAAAAUAUCCACAUAAUUUUCCUUCCUCAUGAUAGCAUCUAUUUUGUGAAGUGCACCAGUCCCUCCUGCAGCAAAGCACCCCCACAGCAUGAUGCUGCCACCCCCGUGCUCCAUGGUUGGGAUGGUGUUGUUCGGCUUGCAAGUCCCCCUUUUUCCUCCAAACAUAACGAUGGUCAUUAUGGCCAAACAGUUCUAUUUUUGUGUCAUCAAACCAGAGGACAUUUCUCCAAAAAGUACGACCUUUGUCCCCAAAUGCAGUUGCAAACCGUAGUCUGGCUUUUUUAUGGCGGUUUUGGAGCAGUGGCUUCUUCCUUGCUGAGCGGCCUUUCAGGUUAUGUCGAUAUAGGACUUGUUUUACUGUGGAUAUAGAUAAUUUUGUACCUGUUUCCUCCAGUAUCUUCACAAUGUCCUUUGCUGUUGUUCUGGGAUUGAUUUGCACUUUUCGCACCAAAGUACGUUCAUCUCUAGGAGACAGAACGCGUCUCCUUCCUGAGCGGUAUGACGGCUUCGUGGUCCCAUGGUGUUUAUACUUGCGUACAAUUGUUUGUACAGAUGAACGUGGUACCUUCAGGCAUUUGGAAAUUGCUCCCAAGGAUGAACCAGACUAGUGAAGGUCUACCAUUUUUUUUCUGAGGUCUUGGCUGAUUUAUUUUGAUUUUCCCAUGAUGUCAAGCAAAGAGGCACUGAGUUUGAAGAUAGGCCUUGAAAUACAUUCACAGGUACACCUCCAAUUGACUCAAAUGAUGUCAAUUAGCCUAUCAGAAGCUUCUAAAGCCAUGACAUCAUUUUCUGGAAUUUUCCAAGCUGUUUAAAGGCACAGUCAAUUUAGUGUAUGUAAACUUCUGACCCACUGGAAUUGUGAUACAGUGAAUUAUACGUGAAAUAAUCUGUCUGUAAACAAUUGUUUGAAAAAUUACUUUUGUCACGCACAAAGUAGAUGUCAUAACCGACUUGCCAAAAAUAUAGUUUGUUAACAAGACAUUUGUGGAGUGGUUGAAAAAUAGUUUUAAUGACUCCAACCUAAGUGUAUGUAAACUUCUGACUUCAACUGUAUCUUAAGUAGCACGUUAGUGUUGAAAUACACUUGUUCGCAUCGAACAGCAUAUUCAAUACCUUACACCAUUUACACCAAAGGGAAUACUCUACCUUUCUAACCAUGUUAAAGAGAGGCCUUUCUUCAAACAUGGAAUGUUAGCCAUGUGGAAGACCACAUUUGGUACAGUAAGCAGAACUGGCACUGCCGGAUGAACAAAAAGGUUAAUGACAAAAUCAUUUUCUACUGUUUACCUUCAGAGUCAGGUAUUUUCUCCAGUGAUAAGUGUGAUGGGCAUCUCGGGGACCUCCAGAAGGGGUUGGACAGCGACAGGGGGAAGUUACCUGAGCCUCUAGAGGAAGACCACCCCAAGAAGAAGCACCGGCGUAACCGCACCACCUUCACCACCUACCAGCUCCAUGAGCUGGAGCGGGCCUUCGAGAAGUCCCAUUACCCUGACGUCUACAGCAGAGAGGAACUGGCCAUGAAGGUUAACCUCCCAGAGGUCCGCGUACAGGUAUGGCACCUCUGGCUAACUACUACUACCAGUACCAAUUAAUGAGUACUAAUUAUACUGCUUGAAGCCUCUGCCUAUCAAGUACUACUAUUAAUAUCACUAUACACUAAUAAUACUGUCCAGGUAUGUAGCCUCCUGCUGUCUACUAUCACUAGACUAGAAUUAGCACAGGCACUACUACUACUACUACUACUACUACUACUAUUACUAUUACUAUUAUUACUACUACUACUACUAUUAAUACUAUUAAUACUAUUAAUACCACUACUACUACUAUUGCUAUUACUAUUACUAUUACUACUACUACUAUUCCUACUAUUACUACUAUUAUUACUCCUACUACUACUACUACUAAUACUACUACUACUAUUAAUAUUUUUACUACUAUUAUUACUACUACUACUACUACUACUACUACUAUUAUUAUUAUUAUUAUUAUUAUUAUUAUUAUUAUUAUUAUUAUUAUUAUUACUGCUACUACUACUACUACUACACACUCAUCAUACAGCCAGGCCCCCCUAGCAAAAUAGUUUUUUUUUGUUUUUUACCUCAAGGUCUUUUCCUGGUAUGAUACAGUAAAGGUUGAAUACAUAAAUACACUGCCCACUCCAAUAAUGAUAUAAUUGUGUACAUUCCUGUUGACUUAUACUAGGCUACUGACUCCUCUACUGUUUACUCUGCUACUGAUACUACUACUACUACUACUACUACUACUACUACUACUACUACUACUACUACUACUACUACUACUACUACUACUACUACUACAAAUACUGUUUUUACUACUAUCACAAUACAUUGUAGUGUAGACUUCUGAGCGAUCACUGGGCAUUUCCAUCGAAAAGGAUCCCAUGAGCACCAAUGUGAAGUUCAUAGCAGCAUAUCAAAUUGGGUGUCAAAUGAAAGCUAAGAGUCUAUAUUUUUGGGAAAAUAAAGGCAUAGAUACAUUUUACAUCUAUUUUCCAUCUUAAAAAUGAGGCAUAAGAAAAUGCUUUGAUUUCUGAAUAAACAGAUGGAAAAGGGGUCUUAGAAAACAUCUACCAGAAAAGUAUUAAAAGGUAUCAGAAAUGUAUCAAAACACAAUAAUGUUGACUAAAGACCCCUGCUGUCAACGUCUGGGUGAAGUGGUGAAACGGAAUCAGGCGCAGGACACAGAACUGAGAAAAUUAAUUGAUUUACUAAACAAAAGUAAACCAUAACAAACCCUCCACGCAGGGAAGAGCAGAACAACAGCUCACCAAACGACGUAAGACAACGGACAAUCACGCACAAACUCAGGAGGGAAAACAGAGGUAAUUAUAGGGACACAUAUAAGCAUAAUGAGUAACAGGUGUGAUUAAUAAAGACAAGACUAGUGUAACACAGAAACAUCGAUCGGUGGCAGCUAGUACUCCGGUGACGACGAUCGCCGAAGCCUGCCCGAGCAAGGAGGAGGGGCAGCCUCGGCUGUAUUCAUGACAUCUGCCAACUAAUAUCAACACUUGUAUUUAGUUUUGGAGAAAUUACUGGUUGGUGCCCGGCAUCUGACCCGCUGGGCGAAUGGAGAAAUAUAAGAAAGUCUGUCGGUCCGGUUGUUUUUUGAUAAAGGUUUUUGGGACCUAAGUAUUUUACAUCUGAAAAGGGGAACUGGCGCCGGACGACGGCCCGCCCUGCGUAGGGAUCAGAUCUGUUUAUUAUUUAACAGUAAAGUUGUUUGAUUUAGUUUAUUUAAAACAUUUGGUAGUUUGGUAGUUUUCUUUUCGUCGUUUGGUAGUUUUUGUGGGGGAAUCCUGUUUCCAUCCCUCACAGUAGGUGGCGGGAUGCACAUUAAAUUGUGCAAUCGCCAAUAUACCAUAGAAGAAGAAGAAGAAGAAGAAGAAGAAGAAGAAGAAGAAGAUAGAAUGUACGUCACGAUUAUCAGCAAAAGAGCCGAUUCCAACGGACUUUCUUCAAUAGCUAACUAACCCUGCUUUUAAGAUGCCGAAAAGCUGUUGUGUUGUUUUGCUGUUUUGUUUCAACAAUAGUAGGAGAAAACACCACCAAAUUAAUUUUCAUAAACUGCCCAAGGACCAGGUUAGAUGAACCUCAUGGUUUCAGGCUAUUACUCCAUGAUGCUGAUGGAAAGCGUUGGUUACUCGAUCAAAUCAAAUACAUUUUGUAUUUAUCACAUGCGCCGAAUACAACUGGUGUAGACUUUACAGUGAAAUGCUUGCUUACAUUUAUGUGUAUCCAAGCACUUCAUCACCGGUAAGUCGCUUUGCAUAAAGCUUGCUACUUAGCUUGUAGUAAGGACUAGUGAGCUGUAUCCGUCCAAAUAACAGCUAUAAUAUUCUUCAGCGUUUGGAUAUUUAUGCAAACCUGGAAAUUCCACCAAGUAGGUGUAGAUAUCACCUAGGCUACUUUGGUUUUGGGCCAUUUGGUAGGGUUGUCUCCCCAGCUGGUUUCCGGCAAGUUGAAGUUGAAAGGACAUAUAGGCAAACCAACAAGAAUCAACUUGACCAGGGAAAUCUCCUGGCCUAGAUGAGGCAAUAUGACCUGACCAGGGAAAUCUCCUGGCCUAGAUGAGGCAACAUGAGCUGACCAGGGAAAUCUCCUGGCCUAGAUGAGGCAAUAUGACCUGACCAGGGAAAUCUCCUGGCCUAGAUGAGGCAAUAUGAGCUGACCAGGGAAAUCUCCUGGCCUAGAUGAGGCAACAUGAGCUGACCAGGGAAAUCUCCUGGCCUAGAUGAGGCAACAUGAGCUGACCAGGGAAAUCUCCUGGCCUAGAUGAGGCAACAUGAGCUGAGGCAGUGAUUCCUGAAAUUUUCUCAGAAGACUCAGUCCUGGUGGAUCGAGGAUGAGUUGGGUAUUUGGUAUUUUGUCUCCCCAGCUGGACUCCGACAAGUUACAUUUGAAAGGACAGAUAGGCACGCCAACAACUUACAACUUUUGUAAAUACCGAGAUCAUUCAAGGGUAGGCAGACAGGAAGUAGUUACGCGACAUAUCUAAAACAAGCCAAAUAGAUAGAGAUUAACUUCUCCCGCUAGCCAGCCAGCUAACAUCAGCUAACCAGUGAAAAAUCUAGGGGUAAACAAACAGUGACGUAAGUAUAAUGCGACUGCUUUACUAUCUUUACUUUCAGUGUUAGCAGGUUGGGUAAAAAAAUUAGUGGCAGAAUAAGUAUCAUGCAAAUAAUGUGUUUUUGUGACAGCCAAGUAUGCUAAUAGCGACAAGUGAGGCUUCUGAAAACGUUGGUAGUUUGUUUAGGAUGACGCCAAAGUAAGGCUAAUUACAUAGGAGUAAGGGGAGUACCCUACGGCUGGACCCUACUAGGGGGGAGUAAGGGGACGGCUGGACCCUACUAGGGGGGAGUAAGGGGAGUACCCUACGGCUGGACCCUACUAGGGGGGAGUAAGGGAGUACCCUACGGCUGGACCCUACUAGGGGGGAGUAAGGGGACGGCUGGACCCUACUAGGGAGGAGUAAGGGGAGUACCCUACGGCUGGACCCUACUAGGGGGGAGUAAGGGGACGGCUGGACCCUACUAGGGGGGAGUAAGGGGAGUACCCUACGGCUGGACCCUACUAGGGGGGAGUAAGGGGAGUACCCUACGGCUGGACCCUACUAGGGGGGAGUAAGGGGGGUACCCUACGGCUGGACCCUACUAGGGGGGAGUAAGGGGACGGCUGGACCCUACUAGGGGGGAGUAAGGGGAGUACCCUACGGCUGGACCCUACUAGGGGGGAGUACCCUAACGGCUGGACCCUACUAGGGGGGAGUAAGGGGAGUACCCUACGGCUGGACCCUACUAGGGGGGAGUAAGGGGAGUACCCUACGGCUGGACCCUACUAGGGGGGUGUAAGGGGAGUACCCUACGGCUGGACCCUACUAGGGGGGUGUAAGGGGAGUACCCUACGGCUGGACCCUACUAGGGGGGAGUAAGGGGAGUACCCUACGGCUGGACCCUACUAGGGGGGAGUAAGGGGAGUACCCUACGGCUGGACCCUACUAGGGGGGUGUAAACCAUGUGUCACGAUCGUAUACAGACGGGACGGACCAAGGCGCAGCGUGAAAUGCGUACAUGUUUAUUUAUAUAGAAUAAACACCACAACGACAAAAUAACAAAUGAAACGAAACGUGAAGUCCAACACAACACAACACAACACAACACAACACAACACAACACAACACAACACAACACAACACAACACAACACAACACAACACAACACAACACAACACAACACAACACAACACAACACAACACAACACAACACAACACAACACAACAUACACGGAACAAGAUCCCACGACUAACAGGUGCCAAAAGGCUGCCUAAGUAUGGGUCCCCAAUCAGAGACAACGAGCAACAGCUGCCUCUGAUUGGGAACCACACAGGCCAACAUAGAUCUACACAUUCUAGAUCUAAACAUAGAAAAUCGACAUAGCACAACACGACACAGAAAAUACACACCCUGACUCAACAAAUACAAGUCCCCUGAGUCAGGGCGUGACACCACGAUAAACCACAGAUGAUAAAUAUUUGUUGUUGUUUGUUAUCGCUAAAUAUAUAUGUGCCUUAUUAUAGGCAACCCUGUUUUCAUGAUUUCUAGUAGAUCAUCAAAAUAAAUGAAUCACGUUUUUGGACUCAUUCAGCAGUUUUUACCUAAUUAAGUAAUGUUAAGUUCCAUCUAUAUUCCUAAAACAUUAGUUGAACAUGAUGCUGUUGCUGCUUCCCGUUGAUAAUAACUAUUGAUAAAUAGCCCAAUGUCAAAACACGGUUUUCAAGUGUCCAAAUCAAUAAACAGUUUGUGAUAUAUUGAAAACCUAAACAUAAAAUGUACUACCUACACAUACAUGUGCCACAAUAGCAAUCUGAUCAUAUUACUUCAUUAUAAACUGCACAUGCUCCAAAAAUUAUGUUGUUUUGACAAGUGGCAAUUAAUCACUCAUAUUGAUUAGUGGGGAAAUCAGGUUGUAUGCGCUGUUGAAACGAACACAACUCAAAAACCAAACAGGAAACAGGAAAUAUUGUUUAGAUCACUCGUUGGAGGACAACCUGCUGAAGACAACCAGCUACAUUUUGAUAAAAUCCUAUAGGAUAGGUUCCAAAAUCUGAUAGGAACUUCUACUGGAUUUUUUAAACUAGGGCCUUUCUCUCUCACUCCAGUUAACGUCACCUCUCCCAGCUCUUAUUGACACCUACCCAUGAGCCUCCUCUCUUUCCAUUUACUUUAACCAGCAUCCUCACCCACUGAGUACCGACCGACACCGGACGUUCUUGGACGUUGAAAAGUAGUUGAAAUAUAGUCAGUCCACGCUGGCCUUGAUGUUAACGUCCACAGACGGACCGGACUGGACCAAAUCCGAACCUAUCAUAAACGUAGAGUACCAGUCAAAGGUUUGGCCACACCUACACAUUCAAGGGUUUUUCUUUAUUUUUUAAAACUAUUUUCUACAUUGUACAAUAAUAGUGAAGACAUCAAAACUAUGAAAUAACACAUAUGGAAUCAUGUAGUAACCAAAAAAGUGUUAAACAAAUCAAAAUAUAUUUUAUAUUUGAGAUUCUUCAAAGUAGCCACCAUGUGCCUUGAUGACAGCUUUGCACACCCUUGGCAGUCUCUCAAACAGCUUCAUGAGGUAGUCACCUGGAAUACAUUUCAAUUUACAGGUGUGCCUUGUUAAAAGUUAAUUUGUGGAAUUUCUUUCCUUCUUAAUGCGUUUGAGCCAAUCAGUUGUGUUGUGACAAGGUAGGGGUGGUAUACAGAAGAUAGCCCUCUUUUGUGAAAGACCAAGUCCAUAUUAUGGCAAGAACAGCUCAAAUAAGCAAAGAGAAACUACAGUCCAUCAUUACUUUAAGACAUGAAUGUCAGUCAAUCUGGAAAAUUUCAAGAACUUUGAAAGUUUCUUCAAGUGCAGUCACAAAAACCAUCAAGUGCUAUGAUUAAACUGGCUCUUAUGAGGACCGCCACAGGAAAGGAUGACCCAGAAUUACCUCUGCUGCAGAGGAUAAGAUCAUUAGAGUUACCAGCCUCAGAAAUUGCAGCCCAAAUAAAAGUAACAGACACAUCUCAACAUCAACUGUUUAGAAGGGACUGCGCGAAUCAGGCCUUCAUGGUCGAAUUGCUGCAAAGAAACCACUACUAAAGGACACCAAUAAGAAGAGACUUGCUUGGGCCAAGAAACACGAGCAAUGGACAUUAGACCGGUGGAAAUCUGUCCUUUGGUCUGAUGAGUCCAAAUUUCAGAUUUUUGGUUCCAACCGCUGUGUCUUUGUGAGACGCAGAGUAGGUGAAUGGAUGAUCUCCGCAUGUGUGGUUCCCACCGUGAAGCAUGGAGGAGGAGGUGUGAUGGUGUGGGGGUGCUUUGCUGGUGACACUGUCUGUGAUUUAUUUAGAAUUCAAGGCACACUUAACCAGCAUGGCUACCACAGCAUUCUGCAGCGAUAUGCCAUCCCAUCUGGUUUGCGCUUAGUGGGAGUAUCAUAUGUUUUUCAAUAAUGACCCAACACACCUCCAGGCUGUGUAAGGGCUAUUUGACCAAGAAGGAGAGUGAUGGUGCUGCAUCAGAUGACCUGGCCUCCACAAUCCCCCGACCUCAACCCAAUUGAGAUGGUUUGGGAUGAGUUGGACCGCACAGUGAAGGAAAAGCAGCCAACAAGUGCUCAGCAUAUGUGGGAACCCUUUCAAGACUGUUGGAAAAGCAUUCCUCAUGAAGCUGGCUGAGAGAAUGCCAACAGUGUGCAAAGCUGUCAUCAAGGCAAAGGGUGGCUACUUCGAAGAAUCUAAAAUAUAAAAUAUAUUUUGAUUUGUGUAAUACUUUUUUGGUUACUACAUGAUUCCAUAUGUGUUAUUUCAUAGUUUUGAUGUCUUCACUAUUAUUCGACAAUGUAGAAGGUGUGUCCAAACUGGUACUGUAUGUUUCACAAGUUUGGACAGUACAGUACAGUACAGGACAGAACAGCACUAUACUGUACAGUGAGUAGAGGUACAGUGCAGUACAUUUAAAAAAUGUACAGUAAAGUAUAGUAUAUUGUAUAUACUGUACUGAACUGUACUGUACUAUACUGUACUGUACUGUACUGUACUGAACUCUACUAAACUGUAAUGAACUCUACUGUACUGAACUCUACUAAACUGAACUCUACUAAACUGUACUGAACUCUACUCUACUGAACUCUACUGUACUUUACUGUACUGAACUCUACUGUACUGAACUCUACUGUACUUUACUGUACUUAAACUCUACUGUACUGUACUGAACGCUACUGUACUGAACUGUGAUCUACUGUACUGUACUGAACUCCACUAAACUGUAAUGAACUCUAAUGUACUGUACUCUAAUGUACUGAACUCUACUGUACUGAACUCUAAUGUACUGUACUCUUCUGUACUGAACUCUACUCCACUGUACUGUACUGUACUGAAUCCUACUGAACUCUGCUCUGCUCUACUGUGCUGUAUUGUAUUGUGAUGUCCUAACUGCUGAAACAUGAGGAGAAUGGAUAUAAUUAUGGAUUUCUGUGUAAUACAGAUCAGGGUCCCAUGAUGUAAUUCCGUUACCGUAAUUCCAUGUGUAAAUCCUCUUCACUUAGUGUAGUUCAAUAACCAAAAUAGAUUUUUCAAACUCAAGGUGCCAUGUCAUAGCUGACACCCCAUUAUUUCUGCAGACAUCUUUUCAUAUUAAUUUGGAGCAGAUAUUUAAGAGUUUUUGGUAAACCUUGUCACAUAGCAAAGGUAACUGAACUAAAUGACUAUCGCCCCGUUGCACUCACCUCUGUCAUCAUGAAGUGCGUUGAGAGAUAUCACCUCUACCUUACCUGUCACCCUAGACCCACUUCAAGCUGCUUACCGGCCCAAUAGAUCCACAGACGAUGCAAUCGCCAUCACACUGCACACUGCCCUAUCCCAUCUGGACAAGAGGAAUACCUAUGUAAGAAUGCGGUUCAUUGACUAUAGCUCGGCAUUCAACACCAUAAAACCCUCCAAGCUCAUCAUUAAGCUCGAGGCCCUGGGUCUGAACCCCGCCCUGCGCAACUGGGUCCUGGACUUCCUGACGGGCCGCCCCCAGGUGGUGAAGGUAGGAAACAACAUCUCCACUUCGCUGAUCCUCAACAGUAGGGCCCCACAAGGGUGCGUGCUCAGCCCCCUCCUGUACUCACUGUUCACCCAGGACUGCGUGGCCAAGCACGCCUCCAACUCAAUCAUCAAGUUUGCAGACGACACAACAGUAGUAGGCUUGAUUACCAACAAUGACGAGACCACCUACAGGGAAGAGGUGAGGGCUCUGGGAGUGUGGUGCCAGGAAAAUAACCUCUCACUCAACGUCAACAAAACAAAGGCGAUGAUUGUGUACUUCAGGAAACAGCAGAGGGUGCACCCCCUUAUCCACAUCAACGGGACCGCAGUGGAGAAGGUGAAAAGCUUCAAGUUCCUUGGCGUACACAUCACUGACAAACUUAAAUGGUCCACCCACGCAGACAGUGUGGUGAAGAAGGUGCAACAGAGCCUCUUCAACCUUAGGAGGCUGAAGAAAUGUGUCUUGGCACCUAAAACCCUCACAAACUUUUACAGAUGCACAAUUGAGAGCAUCCUGUCGGGCUGUAUCACCGCCUGAUAUGGCAACUGCACCGCCCGCAACCGCAGGGCUCUCCAGAGGGUAGUGGGGUCUGCCGAACACAUUACCGGGGUUAAACUACCCGCCCUCCAAGACACCUACAGCACCCGAUGUCACAGGAAGGCCAAAAAGAUAAUCAAGGACAACAGCCACUGCCUGUUCACCCUGCUAUCAUGCAGAAGGCGAGGUCAGUACAGGUGCAUCAAAGCUGGGACCGAGAGAAUAAAAAACAGCUUCUAUCUCAAGGCCAUCAGACUGUUAAAUAGCCAUCAUUAGCACAUUAGAGGCUGCUGCUGCCUAUUGAAAUCACUGGCCACUUUAAGAAAUGGAACACUAGUCACUUUAAUAAUGUUUACAUAUCUUGCACUACUCAUCUCAUAUGUAUAUACUGCAUUCUAUUCUAUAAUAUUCUACUGUAUCUUAGUCCAUGCCGCUCUGUCAUUGCUUGUCCAUACAGUUGAUGUCGGAAGUUUACAUACACCUUAGCCAAAUACAUUUAAACUCAGUUUUUCACAAUUCCUGACAUUUAAUCCUAGUAAGAAUUCCCUGUCUUAGGUCAGUUAGGAUAUCCACUUUAUUUUAAGAAUGUGAAAUGUCAGAAUAAUUGUAGAGAGAAUGAUUUAUUUAAGCUUUUAUUUCUUUCAUCACAUUCCCAGUGGGUCAGAAGUUUAAAUACACUCAAUUAGUAUUUGUUAGCAUUGUCUUUAAAUUGUUUAACUUGGGUCAAACAUUUUGGGUAGCCUUCCACAAGCUUCCCACAAUAAGUUGGGUGAAUUUUGUCCCAUUCCUCCUGACAGAGCUGGUGUAACUGAGUCAGGUUUGUAGGCCUCCUUGCUCACACACGCUUUUUCAGUUCUGCCCAUAAAUGUUCUAUAGGAUUGAGGUCAGGGCUUUGUAAUGGCCACUCCAAUACCUUGACUUUGUUGUCCUUAAGCCAUUUUGCCACAACUUUGGAAGUAUGCUUGGGGUCAUUGUCCAUUUGGAAGACCCAUUUGCGACCAAGCUUUAACUUCCUGACUGAUGUCUUGAGAUGUUGCUUCAAUAUAUGCACUUAAUUGUCCUUCCUUAUGAUAGCAUCUAUUUUGUGAAGUGCACCAGUCCCUCCUGCAGCAAAGCACCCCCACAGCAUGAUGCUGCAACCCCCGUGGUUCACGGUUGGGAUGGUGUUCUUCGGCUUGCAAGGCACCCCCUUUUUCCUCCAAACAUAACGAUGGUCAUUAUGGCCAAACAGUUCUAUUUUAAUUUAAUCAGACCAGAGGACAUUUCUCCAAAAAGUAUGAUCUUGUCACGGAUUCAGCCGAGGCUGCCCCUCCUCCUUGCUCGGGCAGGCUUCGGCGUUCGUCGUCACCGGAGUACUAGCUGCUACCGAUCCAUGUUUCUAUGUUCGACUUGUUUUGUCUUUAUUGGUCACACCUAUUUCCCAUCAUGUAGUUAUGUCAUCCCUAUUUAACCCUCUGUCUCACACUGUGUGUUGUGUGUGUUUGUUCAUGUUUCGGCUGUCGUUAGUGUGCGGGUUUGUUCCCUCCCUGCGUGGAGGUUGUUGUUCAUUCAUUUUACCGACAAGUAAAGUACGCCAUUUGAUUAGCUUUGUGUCCUGCGCCUGACUUCGCCUACCGCAUUACACUGACGCCUUGACAGAUCUUUGUCCCCAUGUGCAGUUGCAAACCAUAGUCUGGCUUUUUUAUGGCAGUUUUGGAGCAGUGGCUUCUUCCUUGCUGAGCGGCCUUUCAGGUUAUGUCGAUAUAGGACUUGUUUUACUGUGGAUAUAGAUACUUUUGCACCUGUUUCCUCCAGCAUCUUCACAAGGUCCUUUGCUGUUGUUCUGGGAUUGAUUUGCACUUUUCGCACCAAAGUGUCUCCUUCCUGAGCGGUAUGACGGCUGCGUGGUCCCAUGGUGUUUAUACUUGCGUACUAUUGUUUGUACAGAUGAACGUGGUAUCUUCAGGUGUUUGGAAAUUGCUCCCAAGGAUGAACCAGACUUGUGGAGGUCUACACAUUUUUUUCGGAGGUCUUGGCUGAUUUCUUUUGAUUUUCACCUUGAUGUCAAGCAAAUAAUCACUGAGUUAGAAGGUAGACCUUGAAAUACAUCCACAGAUACACCUCCAAUUGACUCAAAUGAUGUCAAUUAGCCUAUCAGAAGCUUCUAAAGCCAUGACAUCAUUUUCUGGAAUUUUCCAAGCUGUUUAAAGGCACAGUCAACUUAGUGUAUGUAAAUUUCUGACCCACUGGAAUUAUGAUACAGUGAAUUAUAAGUGAAAUAAUCUGUCUGUAAACAAUUGUUGGAAAAAUGACUUGUGUCAUGCACAAAGUAGAUGUCCUAACCAACUUGCCAAAACUAUAGCAUGUUAACAAGAAAUUUGUGGAGUGGUUGAAAUACGAGUUCGAAUGACUCCAACCCAGUGGCGGCUCCUGAAAAAAUUCUCAGCGGGGGCAAUUUUUCUGAUGAUUUAGGUGACCUACACACAUUUUAAAAAAGAUAUGUCCAGCAACAACAUGAAGACAGGGGCAGCAUAUAAGUCAAUACCAGAAGCAUUUAUUGACUGAUCUCAAAAGUGUUGGCUUACAAAAGCAAAAUAAGUUAUCACAGUAAAAAUAAUGAAGGGUGUUCUUUCACAUUCCUCAACACUGCAUAAACAAUAUGCAUUUCCAUAAAACACCUCAUCUAAUUGUGCCACAAAGUUGACAAGUCCAAGAAAAAUACCAGGGUUGGUGGAACCCUCAGUUUCAUCUUUGCCUCGCAAAGCUAACUCAAACACUCCGCAAAACUUCACACACUGGAUUAGCCGGCUGAGGAUGUGGCGGUUCUUGCUAACCUCAUCGUUGUGGCGGCGGACAGCUAGCCUGUAUCCCUCAUCCAGUUGAGUGGCAAUGUUCACUCUCCCCAAAGCAGACAAUCUCAAACAGCUAUCCAUGUGGGUCUUUGACAGCUCAUGUUUCUUAAUCUUUUCUGAAAAAUGGUGCAUGUCCUUUACACCAGUCGCUGUCCAAGUGGUGCUGUCUGCCGUGCCGCCUUCAGGGUGAAAGAGUAAGCAGGGGUAGCAGAAGACUGCAUUAGCUACAUCGCAGCCUGCUAGCCAGGUUUUUCGUUCGUACCAAUUUUUGGAAAAUCCUCGGGUGUAGGACUUUCCCCCUUUAGUAGAAACCUGUUGAAUUAUUAAAUUUGGUCUGGGAGGUCCUAAUUGUUUCGUUGCCAAUUUAUCUUGAUUUGUUCGCCGACAAAAAGGAACUUCUUUCAAAGAGACAAUCGAGUUGCACUGAACGCUAGCCAUCUUGACAGUAGUACGUGAAUUGAUUGACGCUGCUACCCGCUCUUUUCUUUGUUACGUUCAUGGUUAUGUUACGUAUGACGAAAGCGCGUAAGUGCAAGCCCUCCCGGAACCCAUAGAGAUUGUAUUGAAAGCUCUGAUAUUUGAAAAAAAAAGAUUUUACAUGAGAGUCUAUGAGAGACUUCUGGGGCGAUUUUCAACCUGACUGAAAUCGCCCCAAAAGGGGCGGGGCCAUUUGAAGCACGACUUUAGCCUGAUUGGACAUUUAGUGGCAGAUCAGACGUCUAGAUUAGAACACUGAUAACUACUGUUGCCGUGAUAUAAUUGAUUAGAAAAAAAAUCCCUUCCUUUUCCCGUUUGGCAGUGCGUCGCCCAUAUCGCCCUAAUGAACACACCACCCCUGCUCCAACCUAAGUGUAUGUAAACUUCCGACUUCAACUGUAUAUGUACAGUGGGGAGAACAAGUAUUUGAUACACUGCCGAUUUUGCAGGUUUUCCUACUUACAAAGCAUGUAGAGGUCUGUAAUUUUUAUCAUAGGUACACUUCAACCGUGAGAGACAGAAUCUAAAACAAAAAUCCAGAAAAUCACAUUGUAUGAUUUUUAAGUAAUUAAUUUGAAUUUUAUUGCAUGACAUAAGUAUUUGAUACAUCAGAAAAGCAGAACUUAAUAUUUGGUACAGAAACCUUUGUUUGCAAUUACAGAGAUCAUACGUUUCCUGUAGGUCUUGACCAGGUUUGCACACACUGCAGCAGGGAUUUUGGCCCACUCCUCCAUACAGACCUUCUCCAGAUCCUUCAGGUUUCGGGGCUGUCGCUGGGUAAAACAGACUUUCAGCUCCCUCCAAAGAUUUUCUAUUGGGUUCAGGUCUGGAGACUGGCUAGGCCACUCCAGGACCUUGAGAUGCUUCUUACGGAGCCACUCCUUAGUUGCCCUGGCUGUGUGUUUCGGGUCGUUGUCAUGCUGGAAGACCCAGCCACGAACCAUCUUCAAUGCUCUUACUGAGGGAAGGAGGUUGUUGGCCAAGAUCUUGCGAUACAUGGCCCCAUCCAUCCUCCCCUCAAUACGGUGCAGUCGUCCUGUCCCCUUUGCAGAAAAGCAUCCCCAAAGAAUGAUGUUUCCACCUCCAUGCUUCACGGUUGGGAGGGUGUUCUUAGGGUUGUACUCAUCCUGCUUCUUCCUCCAAACACGGUGAGUGGAGUUUAGACCAAAAAGCUAUAUUUUUAGCUCAUCAGACCACAUGACCUUCUCCCAUUCCUCCUCUGGAUCAUCCAGAUGGUCAUUGGCAAACUUCAGACGGGCCUGGACAUGCGCUGGCUUGAGCAGGGGGACCUUGCGUGCGCUGCAGGAUUUUAAUCCAUGACGGCGUUGUGUGUUACUAAUGGUUUUCUUUGAGACUGUGGUACCAGCUCUCUUCAGGUCAUUGACCAGGUCCUGCUGUGUAGUUCUGGGCUGAUCCCUCACCUUCCUCAUGAUCAUUGAUGCCCCACGAGGUGAGAUCUUGCAGGGGGCCCAGACCGAGGGUGAUUGACCGUAAUCUUGAACUUCUUCCAUUUUCUAAUAAUUGCGCCAACAGUUGUUGCCUUCUCACCAAGCUGCUUGCCUAUUGUCCUGUAGCCCAUCCCAGCCUUGUUUAGGUCUACAAUUUUAUCCCUGAUGUCCUUACACAGCUCUCGGGUCUUGGCCAUUGUGGAGAGGUUGGAGUCUGUUUGAUUGAAUGUGUGGACAGGUGUCUUUUAUACAGGUAACGAGUUCAAACAGGUGCAGUUAAUAUAGGUAAUGAGUGGAGAACAGGAGGGCUUCUUAAAGAAAAACUAACAGGUCUGUGAGAGCCAGUAUUCUUACUGGUUGGUAGGUGAUCAAAUACUUAUGUCAUGCAAUAAAAUGCAAAUUAAUUACUUAAAAAUCAUACAAUGUGAUUUUCUGGAUUUUUGUUUUAGAUUCCGUCUCUCACGGUUGAAGUGUACCUAUGAUAAAAAUUACAGACCUCUACAUGCUUUGUAAGUAGGAAAACCUGCAAAAUCGGCAGCGUAUCAAAUAAUUGUUCUCCCCACUGUAUAUAUUCUUAAAUUCCAUUCCUUACUAGAUUUGUGUGUAUUGGGUAUAUGUUGUGAAAUUGUUAGAUAUUACUUGUUAGAUAUUACUGCAGUGUCGGAGCUAGAAGCACAAGCAUUUCGCUACACCCGCAAUAACAUUUUGCUAAACACGUGUAUGCAACAAAUAAAAUUUGAUUUGAUUUGAUAAAAACCUGACGGGGGAUUUUACCAUAAUUCCCUCACCAAAGUUUCCAUCUGCACAGUUCUUCCACUAAAUUUGUUUUUUUUUUUACAUUUUUUUGUGGAAAUUGUUAAAUGUAGCCCUUGUGCAUACAGUGCCUUCAGAAAGUAUUCACACCCAUUGACUUUUUCCACAUUUUGUUGUGUUACAGCCUGAAUUAAAAAUGGAUUAAAUUUAGAUGUUUUGUCACUGGCCUAAACACAAUACCCCAUAAUGUUAAAGUGGAAUUAUGUUUUUAGAAAUGUUUAGCUGAACGAAAAGCUGAAAUAUCUUAAGUCAAUAUAUUCAACCCCUUUGUUAUGGCAAGCCUAAAUAAGUUCAGGAGUAAAAAUGUACUUAACAAGUCACAUAAUAAGUUGCAUGGACUCACUCUGUGUGAAAUAAUAGUGUUUAACAUGACAUUUUUGAAUGACUACCUCAUCUCUCUACCCCACACAUACAAUUAUCUGUAAGAUCCCUCAGUCGAGCAGUGAAUUAUUAUUAUUAUUAUAAUUUCAAACACAGAUUAAACCACAAAGAGCAGGGAGGUUUUCCAAUGCCUCGCAAAGAAGGACACCUAUUGGUAGAUGGGUAAAAAAAAAAAAGCAGACGUUGAAUAUCCCUUUGAGCAUGGUGAAGUUAUUCAUUACACUUUGGAUUAUAUAUCAAUACACCCAGUCACUACAAAGAUACAGGCGUCCUUCCUAACUCAGUUGCAGAAGAGGAAGGAAACCGCUCAGGGAUUUCACCAGGAGGUGACUUUAAAACAGUGACAGAGUUUAAUGGCUGUGAUAGGAGAAAAUUGAGGAUUGAUCAACAACAUUUUAGUUAUUCCACAAUACUAACCUAAACGACAGUAAAAAGAGUUGGGUAUGCAUCAUGUUAUGGGUAUGCUUGUAAUCGUUAAGGACUGGGGAGUUUUUCAGGAUAAAGAAAUAAUGAAAUGGAGCUAAGCAAAAUCCUAGAGGAAAACCUGGUUCAGUCUGCUUUCCACCAGACACUGGAAGAUGACUUCACCUUUCGGCAGGACAAUGACCUAAAAUCUACAUUUACAUUUACAUUUUCGUCAUUUAGCAGACGCUCUUAUCCAGAGCAACUUACAAUCUACACUGGAGUUGCUUACCUAGAAGUCAGGGAAUGUUCCUGAGUGGCCGAGUUACAGUUUGGACUUAAAUCUACUUGGAAAUCUAUGGCAAGACCUGAAAAUGGUCGUCUAGCAAUGAUCAACAACCAAUUUGACAGACAUUGAAUAAUUUUGAAAAUAAUAAUGGGCAAAUGUUGCACAAUCCAGUUGUGGAAAGCUCUUAGAGACUUACCCAGUGUCACGGAUUCUGCCGAGACUGCCCUUCCUUCUGGCUCGGGCAGGCUUCGGUAUUUGUCGUCACCGGAAUACAAGCUGCUGCCACUCUAUGUUAUAUGUUUCUAUGUUUAUUUGAUUGUACGAGUGUCAUUUUGUGAGCGGGUUUUGCUCCUCCUUUGUUGUUUUGGAGGGUUUUGCUUGUAUUUCUUUACUACUCAGUAAAGUGGUUCUUCAUCUCAUUCUGUGUCCUGCACUUGACUCUGGCCUACCGCAUUCCACCGACAUUCGUGACAGAAACACGCACCACUAUGGAGUCAGCAGGAGCAGCCGGAGUAACCGAGACGAUGGAGGAACGAGUCCAACGUCAGGAAUUAAUGAUUUAGACUCUCGGGGUCACCAUGGAACGAGUAUUCCAGACAAUGGAACGAUGGGAGAAAGGUGGUAUCCCGUCACCAUCUCCAACCACUCACCCACCUACAACACUGGUCACCGCUUCGCCAUCUGGGUCCAGUGGGAUUCGGCUCUCGCUCCCGAGGGCAUAUGACGGAACACCUGCCGGGUGCCAGGGAUUUCUCCUCCAGGUCAAGCUUUACCUGGCCACCAUUCACCCGGCGCCCUCGGGAUACGAGAGCGUGUCCGCCCUCAUCUCCUGUCUAUCGGGGAAGGCGCUGGAAUGGGCCAACGCAGAGUGGGGAGGAAUAGACGCAAGCACUGUCCGCUACGAGGAUUUCACCCGCCGCUUCCGGGCGGUAUUCGAUCAUCCACCAGAGGGGAGAGCGGCGGGUGAACGUCUGUUCCACCUACGACAGGAGAUGAGGAGCGCGCAGGAGUUUGCGCUGGAAUUCAGAACUUUAGCAGCCAGCGCGGGAUGGAAUGAGAGCGCCCUGAUCGACUAUUAUCGCUGCAGCUUAAGGGAGGAUGUCCGUCGGGAGCUGGCCUGCAGGGACACCGAUCUCACCCUGGACCAACUGGUGGACAUGUCCAUCAGGUUGGAUAACCUGUUGGCAGCCCGCGGACGUUCUGAUCGGGGGCCGUCCAUUCCAUCCCCCAGCACCUCCGAGUCUACCCCCAUGGAGCUCGGAGGUGCUGCGGUUAGGGAGACGGGGAGAGGGACCGUCCCCUGCACCAACUGUGGCCGCAGAGGACACACUGCUGGUCGGUGCUGGGGAGGAUCCUCAGGAGGUCGAGGCAGCAGGCAGGGCACUGGUCGACCGUCUCAGCUGAGUAGGCACCCGACUCACCCAGAGCCUCCUGUUGCUAAUUUGUGUAUAGAUAUUGUUUUUCCAGAAGUUUCCCCCCAUUCCCAGCAUAAGGCGCCAGUAGAUUCAGGCGCGGCUGGGAAUAUUAUUGAUCGCCAGUAUGCUCGUAGUUUAGGGAUUCCUACUGUGUCUGUUGAUAAACCUUUCCCUGUGCAUGCAUUAGAUAGUCGCCCGUUAGGGUCAGGCAUAAUCAGGGAGGUCACCACUCCACUUCUUAUGAGGACGCAGGGGGUCAUGAGGAGAGGAUUAGCCUCUAUCUGAUUGAUUCUCCUGCGUAUCCUGUGGUGUUGGGACUUCCCUGGUUAACCAUUCAUGACCCCACGAUUUCAUGGCAACAGAGGGCUCUCAAGGGAUGGUCCGGUCAGUGUUCAGGGAGGUAUGUAGGAGUUUCCUUGGGGGCAGCUACGGUGGAAAGUCAAAACCAGGUUUCCACCAUGCACAUUCCAUCUGAGUAUGCCGAUUUGGCUAUCGCCUUCAGUAAAAAGAGGGCGACUAAAUUACCACCCCAUCGUCCGGGGGAUUGUGCGAUAAAUCUCCAGGUAGGAGCUGCACUUCCCCGGAGUCACGUGUAUCCUUUGUCUCAGGAGGAGAGGGCGGCUAUGGAGACAUGUCACAGAGUCUCUGAGACAGGGAUACAUUCUGCCAUCCACUUCACCUGUCUCCUCUAGUUUCUUUUUUGUUAAGAAGAAGGAUGGUGGUUUACGCCCGUGCAUUGAUUACCGUGGCUUAAAUCAGAUUACCAUCAAGUACAGCUAUCCAUUACCCCUGAUAGCUAGUAUGACGGAAUCAUUGCACGGGGCAUGCUUCUUCACAAAAUUGGAUCUCAGGAGCGUGUACAACCUAGUGCGUAUCUGGGAGGGAGAUGAGUGGAAGACGGCAUUUAGUACCACCUCUGGACAUUAUGAGUAUCUUGUCAUGCCAUACGGGUUAAUGCAUGCUCCAUCAGUCUUCCAAUCAUUUGUGGAUGAGAUUUUCAGGGACCUGCACGGACAAGGGGUAGUGGUGUAUAUUGAUGACAUACUUAUAUACUCCACUACAAGGGCCAAGCAUGUGUCCCUGGUGCGUAAAGUGCUUGGAAGACUGUUGGAGCAUGACCUGUAUGCUAAGGCAGAGAAAUGCCUGUUCUUUCAGGAGUCCAUCUCCUUCCUAGGGUACCACAUGUCCGCGUCUGGGGUGAGGAUGGAGAGUGACCGCAUUUCGGCCGUGCGUAAUUGGGCGACUCCAACCACGGUGAAGGACGUGCAGCGUUUCUUGGGGUUUGCCAACUACUACCGGAGGUUUAUCCGGGGCUUUGGUCAGGUAGCGCCUCCCAUUACCUCGUUGCUGAAGGGGGGACUGGUGCAUCUGUGGUGGUCAGCUGAGGCGGACAGGGCUUUUAGUCGCCUGAAGGACCUGUUUACCUCGGCUCCAGUGCUGGCUCAUCCGGAUCCCUCCUUGGCCUUCACGGUUGAGGUGGACGCAUCCGAGGCUGGGAUAGGCGCUGUACUUUCUCAGCGCUCGGGCACGCCACCCAAGCUCCACCCCUGUGCUUUCUUUUCGAAGAAGCUCAGCCCGGCGGAGCGCAACUAUGAUGUGGGGGACCGGGAGUUGUUGGCGGUGGUCAAAGCCCUGAAAGCGUGGAGACAUUGGCUUGAGGGGGCUAAACACCCUUUUCUCAUUUUGACUGACCACCACAAUCUGGAGUACAUCCGAGCGGCGAAGAGGUUAAACCCUCGCCAGGCAAGGUGGUCCAUGUUUCUAACCCAUUUUGUUUUCACCCUUUCUUACAGGCCGGGCUCCCAGAAUGCUAAGGCAGAUGCUCUGUCCCGACUGUAUGACACGGAGGAGAGUUCCGUGGAGCCCACUCCCAUACUUCCGGCGUCGUUUCUGGUCGCACCGGUGGUGUGGGAGGUUGACGCGGACAUCGAGCGGGCGUUACGUAGCGAACCCUCUCCUCCCCAGUGUCCAGAGGGUCGUAAGUACGUACCGCUGGAGGUCCGUGAUCGUUUGAUCUAUUGGGCUCACACGUCACCCUCCUCUGGUCACCCUGGCAUCGGUCAUACAGUGACCUGUCUUAGUGGGAAGUACUGGUGGCCCACCUUAGCCAAGGACGUGAGGGUUUAUGUUUCCUCCUGCUCGGUGUGCGCUCAGUGUAAGGCACCUAGACACCUGCCCAGAGGGAAAUUACAACCCCUACCCGUUCCACAACAACCGUGGUCCCACCUAUCGGUGGAUUUUAUGACUGAUCCACCUCCCUCAAGAGGGAGCACAACCAUCCUGGUCGUUGUGGAUCGGUUUUCUAAGUCCUGUCGCCUCCUUCCUCUGCCCGGACUCCCUACGGCCCUACAAACUGCUGAGGCCCUUUUUACACACGUCUUCCGGCACUACGGGGUGCCUGAGGAUAUAGUGUCUGAUCGGGGUUCCCAGUUCACCUCAAGGGUUUGGAGGGCGUUCAUGGAACGGUUGGGGAUCUCGGUUAGCCUUACCUCAGGUUUUCACCCCGAGAGUAACGGGCAGGUGGAGAGAAUUAACCAGGAGGUGGGUAGGUUUCUGAGGUCGUAUUGCCAGGACCGGUGAGGGGAGUGGUCGGUUUUCCUACCCUGGGCAGAGAUGUCUAUAAACUCCAACCGCCACUCCUCCACUAACCUUACGCCUUUCCAGUGUGUGUUAGGUUAUCAGCCGGCCCUGGCACCUUGGCAUCAGAGCCAGAUCGAGGUACCUGCUGUGGACGAGUGGGUUCGGCGCUCGCAGGAAACCUGGGACGCUACACAUGAACGCCUGCAGCGGGCCAUCAGGCGUCAGAAGGCGAGCGCCAACCGCUACCGCAGUGAGGCCCCGGUGUAUGCACCGGGGGACCGGGUCUGGCUCUCGACCCGAAAUCUGCCCCUUCGCCUGCCCUGACGGAAGUUGGGUAGGUGGUUUGUGGGCCCAUUUAAAGUCCUGAGGAGAUUGAACGAGGUAUGUUAUAGGUUACAGCUUCCUAUUAAUUAUCGUAUUAACCCCUCGUUUCAUGUGUCUCUCCUCAGGCCGGUGGUAGCUCGUCCACUCCAGGAGUCUGAGAUAUGGGAGGUUCCUCCGCCCCCACUGGACAUCGAGGGGGCACCGGCGUACUCGGUCCGUUCCAUCCUGGAUUCGAGGCGUCGGAUGGGGGGCCUGCAGUAUCUCGUGGAGUGGGAGGGGUACGGUCCGGAGGAGCGGUGCUGGGUUCCUAGGAGGGAUAUCCUGCUAGGAACCCAACACCGCGUCCUCCUGGCCGUCCCCGAGGCCGGUGUCGACGCACGGCUGGAGCCGCACGUCGGGGGAGGGGGGGGGGGGGUACUGUCACGGAUUCUGCCGAGACUGCCCUUCCUUCUGGCGCGGGCAGGCUUCGGCAUUCAUCGUCACCGGAGUACAAGCUGCUGCCACUCUAUGUUAUAUGUUUCUAUGUUUAUUUGAUUGUACGAGUGUCAUUUUGUGAGCAGGUUUUGCUCCUCCUUUGUUGUUUUGGAGGGUUUUGCUUGUAUUUCUUUACUACUCAGUAAAGUGGUUCUUCAUCUCAUUUUGUGUCCUGUGCUUGACUCUGGCCUACCGCAUUCCACCGACAUUCGUGACACCCAGAAAGACUCACAGCUGUAAUCGCUGCCAACGGUGCUUCUACAAAGUAUUGACUCAGUGGUGUGAAUACUUAUGUGAAUGAGAUAUUUCAUUUUCAAUAAAUGUGCAAACAUAAAAAUAAUAAAAAUAAUAACUUUGUCAUUAUAGGGUGCUGUGUGUAGAUGGGUGAGAGAAGAAAUACAAUUUAAUCAAUUUUGAAUUCAGGCUGUAACACAACAAAAUGUGGAAUAAGUCAAGGGGUAUGGAUACUUUCUGAAGGCACUGUAGAGUUGUAUGGUUUGUUAAACUUUGUUUGGCAUACAUUUUCAAGUGAAAAUAACUGAGUCAAAGUGUAAUCUUGUUACCGUGGAGACUAAUACGACUGUAUCUUCUCUGUCCGUGUCCAGGUGUGGUUCCAGAACCGUCGGGCUAAGUGGAGACGUCAGGAGAAGAUGGACUCCAGCUCCUUGAAGCUACACGACUCUUCCAUGCUGUCCUUCAACCGACCGCCCAUGCCCUCCAACAUGGGGCCCCUGUCCAACCCAUUACCCCUGGACCCCUGGCUGGCCUCGCCCAUGUCCAGUGCCACCCCCAUGCACACUAUCCCCGGCUACAGGGCCCCAGGGCAGGGCCCUCACCUUCAGCCUUCCUACCCCUCCCACUCCCACAGCUUCCUCAACAGCCCCCCAGUACAUGGCGUGGUGCACCAGGGGAUGGUGCAAGGAAUGCAGGGGAGGCAAAGCACGCAGUCAAUGGCACCGCCUCCCUACCAGUGUCCCCCCAGCUUCAAUGAUAACUACCCUAUGCAUGAGGAAGUGGAACGUAGCUCCAGCAUCGCAGCGCUGAGGAUGAAGGCUAAGGAGCACAUUCAGUACUUGGAUAAAACCUGGCAGCACAUGUGA